AUGCGGGGAAUAUUUUGUGGGCAGAAUAAAAUCGCAGAAGAGUCGAUAGAGGCUUUCGACAAGACUAUGGCCAUCAAUACUCGGGGUACUUUUCUCGGUAUAAAAUAUGCUAUUGCACAGAUGUUGAGACAGGAACCUCAACCUUCCGGGGAUCGUGGCUGGAUUGUGAAUAUUUCUUCAAUCGGCGGCUUGGUCGCCUUGUCGAUGGAACCAUCCUACUGCGCAAGCAAGGGCGCAGUGACAAAUUUAACCCGACAGGUUGCGGUUGACUACGCUCCGGACAAAAUCCAUGUCAAUGGUAUAUGCCCUGGCUUCCUGAAGACAGCAAUGGUCCGCCCCGCCCUCGAGGAUGCGACUCUCCACGAACAGCUGCACAGCGCGUCCCCAUGGCCGCACCUGGGCAAGCCAGAGGACGUGGCGAAGGCAGUAUUGUUUCUCUGCAGCCACGGUGCGAGCUGGAUGACAGGUACUAUGGUAAAUGUAGACGGUGGCUACUGCGCAAGGUCGGCUUUGGCCCACAUCGAAACAGCCGAGGCCGACUUCGAAUCCUAUGUGGGCUAUUCCAGAACCUCAGGGCUGUUUUCAGCCUUUUCAGCCUCCUUCUCGAGAUCUCCCAGCCAUGCACCAUCUUUUCUCGAAGGAGCGGGUCAAUCCGAAAGUCAUGAAGCCUCAGAUGCUGCCGCGACCGGCUCUCCAGAAAUGAGCCAGCAAAACUACGGUUCCGAUUCGGUGGCCUCGACGGCAUCCAUCUUGGAGAGCACUAACUCCAACCAUGACGAGGACUAUCAAGAUGAUAUUGAGCGAUGGCACGUGGACGACGCCGAUUUUGCCACUUUGGAGGAUUUCGAGGCCGGAACAACUACGGAUUCCAGCAAGGAGAAGAUACAGCCCCAAGUCAGGCCACACCUGUCCUCAGCCUCACUCGCAGAGCGUGUGCUAUUGCAGCACUGGAUCACAGAUUUGAGUGAAAUGAUAAUACCAAUACCCCGCUACGACAACCCGCUUCGCACGCUCUUUAUUGGCCUGGUGCUUGCAGCUCCAGAGUUGAACCAGGGGUCUUCAGGAAAUGUCGCCCUACUAUACGCACUCUAUGCCAUUUCCGCCUUCAAUCGGGCUCGCAUCUCAACAUCUUCUCCCAAUGACCAUCUGGAGGAAAUAGGAACAUGA